AUGCCUGUGAAAUUUUCCAAAUCGUCAUUCUUCUUUUCUUUCGCGACACUGCCGGCGACACCACUUGUCGACCCUCCUCAACAUUCCACACCCGAACCGACGGCCACGGCCAUGGCUUGUUCAUGCCGCACAGCUGCUCUGCAGAUAUUUGUCCGGAGCCUAGCCCAGGUCCACGCUCCAAAGACGCCGCAUGUGAGAUCGGCAUGGAUUGCGGCCCAUCCCCGGCUCCCUAGCCGCAACAAUUCAGUUUCCGCGAGCUACAGACGGGCAUACUCUUCCUUGGGGGCAUCCAAUCCCGUGGCAGAAGAAGGUCAUGAACAACGAGCGCUUCCUGAAGAGCAGCAUGAACCGCAAUCAGAACAGGACCCGGCCUCGACUUCUGAACCGUCCGCAGCAGCAGGGUCAACAGCAGAGGAGAGCAACCUCUUUUCGAUAAAGCUAAGAUCUAAGAAUGCAAUUCGCAAAGCGGCCAGAUAUCCAAAACACUCCGAAUUGUCGCCAUCCCCAGAAGAUUCCGGUCAGGCGAAGGAGAAACGGAAAAGAGUCAAGAAAUCUUGGGAUAAUGCGGAGAAGAGGACGGAAGAAAGAACCGACCUCAAGAAAACUUGGGACAGGAACGCAAAACGGACGGAACAAGACGAGCGCCGGGCUAAGAGAGCCAAGGAUCAAGAGCCAAAGGUGGACGAGAGACCGGACUGGGCAAAACAGAAACAGGCGCUCAAGCAGAAGUUCCCCGACGGCUGGAGGCCGCCGAAGAGGCUGUCACCGGACGCGCUCGAGGGCAUUCGGGUCCUACACCAGCAGUUCCCGGACAUGUACACCACGGAGGCGCUGGCCGCCAAGUUCGAGGUGUCCCCCGAGGCCAUCCGGAGGAUCCUCAAGGCCAAGUGGGAGCCGACCGCCGAGGAGGACGAGGAUCGCCAGAGGAGAUGGUUCAACCGUGGCGUGAGCGUAUGGCAGCGGUACGCGGAGCUGGGCAGGCAGCCGCCACGCAGGUGGCGGGAGGCCGGGGUUGAGGCGAGUCCCUGGACGGGGGCAACAUCACGCGGAGGGCAUGCGGAAGAGGUGGAUGUGGGGGUCAAGGUCGACCGGGAGACUGCCACGCGGCUGCAGGCCCAGAGGAAGCUGUCGAAGAGCCUGUUGUGA